UAAACAAUUAAUACUAACUAAUCUAGACGAUUUUUAAAGUGGCAUCUGGGAUGAAAAGUUAAAGAUCAGCUUGGAUGGCCUGUGCAAGGAGAGCUGUCCUUUAUGAUGGCCUUGGUUGCACUACAUUGAUAGCCAUGCAGGGUGGCUCACUCCUUGGGAAAGUUUUUUUUUGUUUUGUUUUUUGUUGUUUUUAACUAACUUUGUAACCUUAUUAUGGCAUAGCAUCGCUAGGGGGGUGUCGUCCUAUUUUUGUAGUAGUUGGAGAGUCUCCUAGUGUAAGUGCAGCUGCAGCCAUUACAUCCGAGCAUGCUGCUCUCCGUGCAUCUGUUUAGAGAGACCAUACCAUCGUAACGGGCUGGUGCCGGUGACUACCUAACCCCGGCACAUAUAUGUACAAAUACGGGAGAGUUUUGGAGACCUGGCUUGCAUGGUCUUGUUCUGUUAAUGCUAAUGUUAAAGGUCUGUUGUUCUAUCUAACUAACUGUCUGGCUAACCUCCACACCACAUGCCCGCUGGACCUGCUAGCAGCUCCUGUCUCGUCAGACUGCCGUUACAGUAUGGCACCCGGACAUUAUUCUUAUUCUCUGGACCUUCAUUGUCACCCAGACCGACAGACCAGCAGUCCUUGUCUGCUGUGUGAGCCAAACGCGUUAAGAUUGAGUCACUGCAACCUCUCAGAGAGAAGCUGUGAUGCUCUGUCCUCAGUUCUCAACUCUGUUUCCUCUUGUCUGAAAGAGCUGGACCUCAGUAACAAUAACCUACAGGUCUCAGGAGCAAAGUUUCUGUCUGCUGCACUGCAGAGUCCACAUUGUACACUGGAAACACUCAGAUUGAGGAGCUGUGGUUUGUCAGAGAUCAGCUGUGAUUAUCUGGCAGCAGCGCUGAAGUCCAACCCCUCCCACCCGAGUGUGCUCGAUCUGAGUGGACAGUACAACAACCUGCAGGAUUCAGGAGUGAAGCAGCUGUGUGUUCUUCUGGAGAAUCCACGAUGUCGAUUUGAAACUCUGAGAUUGAGUUACUGUGGUUUGUCAGAGAACAGCUGUGACUAUCUGGCAGCAGCGCUGAAGUCCAACCCCACCCAUCUGAGAGAGCUGGACCUGAGGAGAAACUACAGCCUGCAGGAUCUAGAUGUGAAGCAGCUGUCUGAUCUUCAGGAGAGUCCAGACUACAGACUGGAGACUCUGAGGUGGAGCUGAUGAUGGUAAACAGGGCGGUGUGUGUGCUGAGAGAGGAGGAGCUGUGUCCUGAUGAUCCAGAGAGGUUGAAGCAGCAGCAGCUUGUGUGUAGAGACGCUCUGACUGGGCCA